AUGCAGUAACUGAUUGAAUAUCAUUAGAGUUAAUCAAAUUACUAUCUAUAGUUCCACUUUUGAAAGAAUUGAAAAAGAUUUAGGCUAAUUAGUUUAAGGUGAAAAUGUUGAAUAUUCCUUAAAUGGAAUUAGUGAUUAUUUCGAUAUUGUACAAAUUAUGAAUCCACAAACAGCAGAUUAUACAACUGAAGAUUUGAGUAUGAGUUAAUUAAGAAUUAGCUAAUCUAACCUUCAUUGAUUUACACACAAUGAAGAAUGGGUUUUAUCAUGAAAAUUCAAGAGCUCUUCUUUUUAAGAAAUAUUCAAUAUAUUAAGUACGUUAUCCAUCCAUUGAUAAAGUGUUCUAUUCAACAAUACAAAAGUGUUAAUUUGUUAGAAUCAUUCGAAAUAAUGUUAUCCUAUUGGCUUAUGAAACUAAAAUAUGGAUAGCAAAAACUAAUGAAUAAUUAUAUACAGAUAGUUAAAUUUUAGAUAUAGAGGUUGAAAAUGGUUUCAUAUUAGUAACUACUUUAAAUAAAGUUAUGAUUCUCUAUUAUGAUUAUACUCUAAAAGAAACUGGCACCAUUAUUGAUUCAAGUCUAUUAAACAAUCUACUAGAAACAAAUAAUACCUAUUCAAUCAUAUAAACCAAAUAUGCAUUAAAUAAUCUACUUUUAUUGGAUUCAACAAGAGGUGUUAUAGUUUUAAAAGUUCAUACUAUAAAUGAAUUCGAAUUUGAUUACAUUUACUCAUCUCCAUAAGAAUCCAAUUACUACUCUUUUUGUAUACUAAAAGAUCUUAAUUCUUAUAUAAUAGCAAUAUCAUAUAAUACAAAUAAUUUGAUUUUAUUUAAUUUACAUUCAUAAGAUCUAUAAUCAUGGACUUUAUAAGACCAUGAUCUCUUAAGAAUUAAAAUGGAAUUCAUUGGAGAAUUGGGUAGAUAGCAAUUUCUCUGUCUUUUUAAUUCAACUUAUCUUAUGAUUCAUUAAAUCAAUCCUUCAUAUAUAAUCAAAACUAUUACAUUUCAAAGUCCUAUGAUAAUCACAUUCAAUGUUUAUAAGAGUUAAAUUUAUAUUGUACAAAAUACUAAACAAUAAUCAUUUAUUAUUUCUAAUGGAUUGCUUAUUAUGAAACUUAAUAAUUAAGCUAAUUAUGAAUUAUAAAAUUUAUUAUUAAUAGCUACUGAAUUAAAUCAAUGUGCUGUAACCAUUAAUUAUGUUAUCUACAAUUAUUUAGAUAACAAACUUUAUUAGAAGACCAAUCUAUAACAUCAAAUUAAAUAAUUAAUAAAUUAUCCAACUGAUCCUUAGGUACCUAUUUUUAAAGAAAUAGGAGUUUCUGGAUCAAAUAUUAAGGCUUAGAUUGAACUCUAGGAUGAAAGUAUUACUUUGAAACUUGGAUACAUAGAAGAUAUUAAAAUUAAAGGAAUUGUUUGGUCAGAUUCAAAUGAUUUACCGAAUGAUUCUGUCUAUGUUGAUAUCUGUGAAGUAUAGUAAUAUGUUUAUUACUUAAUUCAAUCCAAAACACUCAAAGCAAUUCUAUAUUAAUGUUCAAUUAGUAAUCCAUAUACUGAAUUGAAUUGUUAAAAAGUUCAUUAGUUUUAUCCAAAUAGAAUUCUAAGUAAAGAUUCCUUUUAAUGGAUUCAUAAUAAUUAUGUAAUUUUUGGUUAUAUAUCUAAAUUCUCACACACUUUAGAACUUUACUAAUUGAAUCAAUCUAUCGUUUAAGAAUUGUUCACUAUAGCUACAAGUCUAAAAGAUGAGAAAUCAGAAAUUACAUCUUUUACUUUAUCUAAAACUCAUGUAUUUGUUGUUCAAUAAAGAAAAUAAUAAAUAGAUAUUAUUUCAUUGACUUCAGAAUCAAUAAUAGACACUAUAACAACUUUUGAUGUCCCUUCCUAUUAAUUUAAUCCUAAAACAGUUUAAAUUUAAUCAAAUCUACUUAUCAUAACUGGAUAUUAGAAUAUAAUAAUUGGCUAUUUUUUUAAUUCUUUUAGAUUAAUGGAUUGUAUUACAUUUUCAGAUAGUGAGUCCCUUGCAACUGGAGUAACUGAAUAUACAUUCUUUGUAGCCAUAGAUUAUGGUUACAAAUAAGAAAUCAGAGAAUAUAGUACAAGAAUGUAGAAGAUUAAUCUACUUAAAAUUAUACCUUUAUUCCAUUAUAUUUUACACAAACCUUUUGAAAUAAUGUCUUAAAUGAAUUUAGUUCUUCUUAAAGCAUACACUCCAGUUUUAUAAUAAACAGUAUUAUUAAUCUAUUAACCUGAUGUUGAAUUGAGGGAAUGUUUAGUUAUUAGUGCUCCUUUAGGAUGGUAUGCAGAGAAAGAGUUGAACUUAGGAGUGACAGCCUUUCAUUAAUCUGGAUUAUUAAUCCAUGCUGGAUCUUUGAUGUAAUUUAAGAAUUUCUUUGUAGCUAAAGAUUUUUAAGCUGUAAUUACAUCUAAGUAUGAUUCGAAGUACAUUCAUAGAAAGGAACUGAAUAUAUCUUAUCUUACAAUAGAUUCUCCAGGGAUAAUUGAAUAAGUGUAAAAUGUAACAUUCUUAAAUUUGAUGACCAAUAUUGAGGCAGUUUCAUCUCAUAAUAAAUUGUAUUUAGAAUCUAAGAUAGUACCAAUUCCAAAUAAUUGGUUUAAGGGGUUGGUAAUUGAUUAUAAAAUAGAAUGUUAAUAAUGUAAUGAUAAAAUAAUACUAACUCCAAAAGUUCAUUAGAUAUCAAAUGUUCAUCAUUAUGAAGACAUAUUAAGUUAUUGUUAAUUAAAUGAAACACUCUAAGUGAUUCUUACAAAUAAUAGUCUGAUGUUUUUAGAUCAUUAACAUUAUGUAAAACAUCAACCAUUCUUCUUUGAUUUUGAAACUUCAUAUUCUCCAUAAAAUGUUUGGUGCAAAGAUCCUAUAAUACUUAUAACAGGAAGUAGUAACACAAAAUUAUUUUGGAAUUCAUUUAUAGCUAUGAUAAUAAAAGAAGGUAAUUCUUUUAGAUUGGUAGAUUAGCCAGUUAUUAUUAAAAUAUUUAGAAAGAUAUUAUAAUUAGAAAUUUUAGAAAAUUUUAAUUUUAUUCUUUUAGAAGCAAUUGAUGAAGAGGAACAAUCAAGUUUAUGUUCAUGGCAUAUAAAUUAUGCUUCUCCUAGUUUCUUGAGUUUUUCUAAGAUGUCAUGUGUAGAUAAAUCAAAGUAACCAAAUUUUAUGGUAAGGAGUUUUAUCACAUAUUCAUUUGGAAAUCUAGUAAGAGUAUUAAUGAAUGAAUUAAAUUAUGGAAUAUAUGUUCAAGAUUUCCAAUAUUAAAAUAAUUUCAUAAAAUCUUUAAUUGUAAUUAAUGAUGUAAUUAGAAUAUCUCCAAAAAGUAAUUUGGAAGCAUUAAUAGGUGAAAAAAUAAAUGAAGGGAUAACUUAUGAUAAAAUUUUAAAAUGUGGAGAAGAAGCUAAUAAAAAUUAUUAAAUUUUCAAUGUGAUAUUGUUGACUAGAGAAAUUGCUCAUUUAAAAAUGAUUGUUAGAUUUGAAGAUGAAUUAUUUAAAGAAAUCAUAAUAACCUAAUUGAUACAAAGAUAUUCAGACUUUAAAUUGAUGUUUCCAUCAUCAAUUGUUAAAGAUUACUUAGCACUAGCAUACAAAAAAGAAUCCACUCGUUAAUAUUCUAUUUGUAUAUACAAAUUAGAUAUAAACACUGAAAUAAUAUUAUAAUUUGGAGGAAUCGAAAUAACAGAAUCCUAUAGUUAAUUCUUCUCUCUUCUAGAUGAUGAGAAUGGAUAAUUAUUACUUUAAUUGUAAUUAUCCAAUAAAAAUUUAUCUUUAUAUAAAGUUGAAGAAUAUGCAACACUUACAUUUUUAGAAGAAGCUCAUGAAUAACAAUUUGUAUUGAUAGCCAGUAAUCUAGUUUCCUCUGCAAGCAUGAUUGUACAAUCAUUUGAUAUUUUAUAAUCAUCUUCUAUUACGUAAGAAUAUUUUCUAUUUAUUAGAUACUGGAUCUUACUUAUACUUUUACUUCUCGCAAUUACGAUUCUGUCUUUAAUGUUUUUUGUUAUUUAUUGGAAAAAUCGGUAAAAGAAAUAGAGAAAAAGAAUGUCACUACAACAAUAAUCAUUAAUACUUAAAUGA